GCCUCCUGGGGCACAUGUGGACUUCUUGCACCGGCGGGGCACAUGGUCCCGAACCCCGGCCAGGGGGAACGCUGGGCACGCAGCCGCCUCCUGCAGCGCGGGAUGCAGGGCUAGAGCCGGGCGGCGCAGCUCGCGCGACGGCCCGGAGCGCCUGCGAGCUGGAUCGGGUGGAGGAUGCUGCGGCAGGUGCUUCGCAGAGGGCUCCAGUCGUUCUGCCACAGGCUGGGCUUGUGCGUGAGCCGGCACCCGGUCUUUUUCCUCACCGUGCCCGCAGUCCUGACCAUCACCUUCGGCCUCAGCGCGCUCAACCGCUUCCAGCCCGAGGGCGACCUGGAGCGCCUGGUCGCUCCCAGCCACAGCCUGGCCAAGAUCGAGCGCAGCCUGGCUAGCAGCCUUUUCCCCUUGGACCAGUCCAAAAGCCAGCUCUAUUCGGACUUACACACCCCUGGGAGGUAUGGCAGGGUGAUCCUCCUCGCCCCACCCGGGGACAAUAUUUUGCUCCAGGCGGAGGGGAUCCUGCAGACCCACCGUGCCGUGCUGGAAAUGAAGGUGAACCACAAGGGCUAUAAUUAUACUUUUUCCCAUCUGUGUGUGUUGAGAAAUCAGGAUAAGAAAUGCGUGCUGGAUGAUAUUAUUUCAGUGCUAGAGGAUCUCAGGCAGGCUGCCGUCUCCAAUAAGACAACAGCCAGGGUGCAAGUGAGGUAUCCCAACACUAAAUUAAAGGAUGGGAGGAACAGUUUUAUUGGACACCAACUGGGCGGGGUAGUAGAAGUGCCAAACAGCAAGGACCAGCGGGUCAAGUCAGCCAGAGCCAUUCAAAUCACCUACUACCUCCAGACCUAUGGCUCGGCCACCCAAGACCUCAUAGGGGAGAAGUGGGAGAAUGAGUUCUGUAAGCUUAUGAGGAAGCUCCAGGAGGAGCACCAGGACCUUCAGCUCUACUCUUUAGCAUCCUUUAGCCUCUGGAGAGACUUUCAUAAGACCAGCCUCUUGGCCAGGAGUAAGGUCCUGGUGAGCCUAGUACUGAUCCUGACCACAGCCACCCUCUCCAGCUCCAUGAAGGACUGUUUGCGCAGCAAGCCCUUCCUGGGCCUCCUGGGGGUGCUCACAGUGUGCAUCUCCAUUAUCACCGCAGCAGGGAUCUUCUUCAUCACGGAUGGAAAGUACAACUCAACCCUGCUGGGAAUCCCGUUCUUCGCCAUGGGUCAUGGAACUAAAGGAGUAUUUGAGCUGCUAUCUGGAUGGCGGAGAACUAGAGAGAAUUUACCCUUCAAAGACAGGGUGGCUGAUGCCUAUUCUGAUGUGAUGGUCACCUACACCAUGACCAGCUCCCUGUACUUCAUUACCUUCGGCAUGGGAGCCAGCCCAUUUACAAACAUCGAAGCUGUGAAGAUUUUCUGUCAGAACAUGUGUGUCUCCAUCCUAUUGAACUACUUCUACAUUUUCUCCUUCUUUGGCUCCUGCCUAGUUUUCGCUGGCCAACUAGAGCAGAACCGCUACCACAGUAUAUUUUGCUGUAAGAUCCCUUCUGCUGAAUACCUGGACCGCAAACCUGUGUGGUUCCAGACAGUGAUGAGUGACGGGCAUCAGCAGACAUCCCAUCACGAGACGAAUCCUUACCAGCACCAUUUUAUCCAGCACUUCCUCCGUGAGCACUACAAUGAAUGGAUUACCAAUAUCUAUGUGAAGCCGUUUGUGGUCAUUCUCUAUCUCAUUUACGCUUCCUUCUCCUUCAUGGGGUGCUUGCAGAUCAGCGACAGAGCGAAUAUCAUCAAUCUGCUAGCCAGUGAUUCCCCAAGUGUUUCCUAUGCCUCCGUUCAGCAGAAAUAUUUUAGCAACUAUAGUCCUGUGAUAGGAUUCUACAUCUAUGAGCCCCUUGAGUAUUGGAACAGCAGUGUUCAGGAAGACCUCCGAAGACUCUGCAGUGGGUUCACAGCAGUCUCCUGGGUGGAGCAGUAUUACCAGUUCCUGAAAGUUAGCAAUAUCAGUGCCAGCAACAAGAGCGACUUUAUCAGUGUUUUACAGAGUUCCUUUUUGAAAAAGCCGGAAUUUCAACAUUUUCGAAAUGAUAUCAUCUUCUCAAAGGCAGGGGAUGAGAGCAACAUCAUAGCAUCUCGUUUGUACCUGGUGGCUAGGACUAACAAAGAUAAACAGAAGGAAGUCAUUGAAGUGUUGGAAAAAUUGAGACCCCUGUCCCUCUCCAAGAGCAUUCGAUUCAUCGUGUUCAACCCUUCCUUCGUGUUCAUGGACCAUUAUGGUUUGUCUGUCACCGUGCCUGUGCUGAUUGCAGGCUUUGGUGUCCUCCUGGUGUUAAUCCUGACAUUUUUCCUUGUGAUUCACCCUCUGGGAAACUUCUGGCUAAUUCUUAGCGUCACCUCAAUUGAGCUGGGUGUUCUGGGUUUAAUGACAUUAUGGAACGUCGACAUGGACUGCAUAUCUAUUUUGUGCCUUAUCUACACUUUAAAUUUUGCCAUUGACCACUGUGCACCACUGCUUUACACAUUUGUAUUAGCAACUGAGCACACCCGAACACAAUGUAUAAAAAGUUCCCUGCAAGAGCAUGGGACAGCCAUUUUGCAAAAUGUUACUUCUUUUCUUAUUGGGUUGGUCCCCCUCCUAUUUGUGCCUUCGAACUUGACCUUCACACUGUUCAAAUGCUUGCUGCUCACUGGGGGCUGCACACUUCUGCACUGUUUUGUUAUUUUACCUGUGUUCCUAACUUUCUUCCCCCCUUCCAAAAAGCACCACAAGAAAAAGAAACGCGCCAAACGAAAGGAGAGAGAGGAAAUUGAAUGCAUAGAAAUUCAAGAGAAUCCUGAUCACGUCACCACAGUCUGAAGGGUGUAGACUAAUGAAUUAUUUUUCUUUACCAGUAUUGCACAAUGAUGCAGGGCAAGUAAAGCUCAGACCUCAGAGGCUUGGGCUGGCCAGGGAUAAUAAGGCAAGCCAGAUCAAGAGUGAAUUAUCCAUCACACACAAGGUAUCCACUUCCAGUGGGGAAAGAAGGAAUCAAAGAAGGGGGAAAGUUAUUUGUAACCGUGUUCUCCACUAAAGAUAAGUUUUGGGAUAAAACCUUAGAGCUGUUCUAUGGGACGGGUCAAUCAAUAGAAUGCUGGAAGUCAAAAAGGAGCAACUGCAUUUAGAAAGAAAAUGCUCGAGAGAGAUGGAGAAGAUAGGAAAGGGGACCUCCAAAUAAGAAAAAAAUAAAGACAUAAGAAAUGUCAAAACUGCUGUGGCACUUUUCAUAUUUGCUUUUGAACGGGCUGGUCAAGGAAAAGCUAUGCACUUGGGAAGUAUGUAUUUAUUUCUGUCCAAACCAAAGGACUUCCCAAUCCACUUGAUGCAUACAUAUAUGUAUAUAUCAAUAUAUACAUAUACCUAGAAUUGUCUUUAGUGUACAUUGGCAUUUGUGUGAAG